AUAGAACAUAAUAACCAGUUGUAUCAAAACUACCUAAACAGAAAAGACACAAAAGGGCUUAGAACGUUCUGGAGACUGUGGAAAUGAUGUUAUUCAGGAGCUGGUCUGUACUGGGUGAAGUGUAAGUCCAUAAAAAAGGGGAAAGUGCAGGCACUUUGAGAUUUGAGAAAAAAAAAUCUUAACAAAAACCCCUUUAAUAUUACGUGGCAAAACUGUUUCAAAACACACAGGCCAUCUGAACUGAGCUUUGUUUUAGAAAUUACACCAAACAAAUAUUAUCACUUCCUUCAACCGGCAUGAACUGGCCUGCAGUUAAAUUUGUGGGCCCAAAAAAAGGAUAUAUUUAGUUACUUUGUCAGGAAAUUAAUCUCCUGAUGCCUGUCACAACUAUGCGUCAUCCUGUAAUUUGAUGGCGGUCAAAAAAUAAAAGUUCUGUAACUUGAUUUCACCAGGUCAUUAUUUUAAAGGCCAUGGCAGAGAUAUCUCGAGGCAAAGCUUAUGUGUUGUGGAGCGGCAUCCUAUUCUUUCUCCAGCACAAUGAAAUAUAACACUGCUAUGGGUGCUGUCUAUAUAAACCACCUUACACACAGUCAUACACAUUCAACACCAACACAGGUGGGUGUCUAUAACAUCACUUGAGAUUGGCAGCAUUAUAUGCGCACAACUUUUAUGACCUGUAUGCCAUUUGCUAUAUAUCCAUUAUUUCAAAGUGGUAGACAAACAGUUUGGAUUUUUGUAGUCUGUAGAUAUGGACUAUUCUCUCCACUUUUUCCGCUUUAUAUUUUUGACUUGUAUUUUUUGUUUGCAGACAGUAAGGAUGAUAAAGUGGAAACACCUAGCCUUGUUGGCAUUGGCUUUUCAUUCUGGACUUGCAAUAAAUUGCACAACAGACUAUGACAGGAUCCCUGUGAACAGUGACCUGACGGUGGACUGCGGCGUCAGCAUCAUCACGUUGGAGGUGAACGUGUGCACGGCAUCAUGGGCCGGCUUCAACGCCUCGACGCUGGCCAUGAACGGACAGCAUAAUAACAGCUUGUGCUUCGGCGUCACCGACACCAGCACCAACCCACCUGUGGUCCGCUUCCAACUCCCCAUCAACGACAGCUCCGAGAACCCCUGCCGACAAUCUCUGCAGAUUGUGGACGAGACCCCAACGUCUGCAGUGUUCAGCUCCUUCUCCAAAGUCCAGUCUGUGAUCAUCACGGGCUUCAUCGACACGCCUCGCUCUACCGAGGGCAUCAUCAGUUACACCACAGACCUGUACUAUCACUUCUCCUGCCGCUAUCCCCUGGAGUACUUCAUCAACAACACACAGAUAGUGGCGUCCUCAGUUUCUGUGGCAACCAAAGGAAAUAAUGGAACCUUCAUCAGCACCCUCAGCAUGAGUGUUUACAAUGAUUCUAACUACAUGUAUCCUCUGGCGGUUCCCGACGCAGGGCUGCCAUUGCGCUCAAAGAUUUAUGUUGAAGUGAAGGCCACAAACCUCACCGGAAGUUUUCAUGUGCUGCUUGACCACUGCUUUGCCACACCGUCCCCCUACAACGUGUCUGCCAAUGAGAAGCACGACUUCUUUACUGGGUGCACAGUACAUUCCAGAACCACAAUAGACCAGAAUGGGAGGGAUCUCAACUCGCGGUUCUAUUUCGAGGCGUUCCGGUUUGUGGAACACCACAGCCUGACAAAGUCCACCAUAUACCUGCACUGCAUCGUGCGGCUCUGUGAGCCAGAUAAGUGUCAGGAGCUCCUCAACGGCUGUGGCUCUAGUGUUUAUGGCAGAAAAAGGAGGGAAGUGGCAGAGCCUUUUGGCUCAGAGUCGUCCGAGUCCACCACAGUGUCUGUGGGACCGAUCUACACCCGAGACAAUGGUAUGCCUAUCUUAGCCCACAGGAAUGCACCUCUGCUACCGCACCUCACCUCAACUACUAGUAAAAUGAAUGAAGUUGAUCAGACCGCGUUCGGAACUGGUGCGUCCUCUCAACAGGCCGACAGCAGCAAAAGCGACACAGCGCUAGCCAUUGGGUUAAUCUUCGGCGGUGGAGCCACGGUGGUCCUGGUCGUGGGAGCCUGGUUUGUGGCAAAAAAGUUUUUGUGCCUUGGUGGUAGUGGACUGACGUCCUUUCACUAGUCGACGUCUUCCUACACUUUGGCAAUGUUUUGCACUUACCGUAAUAAUGGAGGUUUUGUCCUGGAACUAUGUCAAGCAUUGGACUCCUGUUCAGAACUCCACCUGUUUUUCAUUCAAAAUGUACGUAACACAGUGGCUGGAUGUUGCGUUUUCUAUACGAUGAUAUCAAUUUUGUGAACACUGUGCAAUUUCACAGCUAUCCUACGGUACGUAGCCUGUAUUAGCCGCCUAUUCUAUGUAAAUAAGACUAUCAAACAGAGAUAAAAUGAACUAAAUGCAUGUUGUUCAUGAAGUCUGUAUAAUGAUUCCAUAGCAUUUAUGUAGUGAAAUGAAGUAUGACAUUGAAAAUGAUUACCUACACCUUGUCUGUAGUACUCAAGAAACAGCCUCCUCUAAUUGCCAUAGAAACCCAUUUAUAUAACUAUGAUGUAUGAUGCUGCAAAAUGAAUGUCAAGGCCUAAGACAUCAAACAGCUGUUUUAGCUGCUGUCACCAGGCCUAAAUAUUGUAGCUUUUUGUACUAUUACUAUUAAAAGGCCUCAAGUGAAUCUUUCUUAUAUUAGUGGCCUUAGUUGUUGGGGUGGUCUAGGAUUGCGUAUGAAAUGAAUAACACAGACUUUUUUUAACCAAUCAGCCUUCUUUGAGGGCAGCUUUGAAAAUAAAGCAUUACUUGUAUGUGAGUCUUGUAUGUGAGCUGGCCACCUUAACUCACUGCACACUUCUCUGAUUGGUGGGCCAGGAAGGAAACCAUCAGGGCCCCUAGACCAGUGUUUCCCAACCUUUUUUGUCUUGUGUACCCCCAAGCCUUUUCGUUGUGCCAUGAGCAUCCCCUAAGUCAAGUUCUAUAUCCCUUUCUCCAUCCCAAUGUAACUAAGCUCCAUAUAUUUGUUCAAAUUUAAUUUUUCCAAGUAUCCCCUGCAGUGUGCUCGCAUACCCCUAGUGGUACACGUACCCCUGGUUGGGAAACACUGCCCUAAACGCAACUCCUCUCAACUUGCGUGGUGCCAGGCUCUGCUGCACGCUAUGUUCCAGUAAAACACCAUCUGAUGUAUUCCAGACGUGCAAAAAGUUAAUUAAGUCCCACCCUUUUUCCAACAGAGUUCAACAUUAUGCAACCCUAAAAACAAGCAUCAAGCAUACAACAUUUUAAACAAAAGCAGCAAGGGAUUCAUUUAUUUUACAAAAACAUACAAUGAAGCCUAUUACUGAAGUAUGAAAAAAAAGAAAUGGGUGUGUUCUGGCAAACCAUAGCAUCUUUCUUCUGCCCACGUAAUUGCUUGCAGGUCUUGUUUACAUUCCAGGGUUUGAUGUCUGAGUUUCAUGAUGCUUUGCAAAGUUUUGUAGACGGCAAAAAAGGUUUUACUAUGCAUAAAAUGUGAAGGUAAACAGAAAGCCUUUGUUUUCACCAAAGAGCAGAGAAUGACACAAUGCUUGUAGAUGCUC